AAAUGAAAGCAACACUAUUCAAUCCAGUAUACGGUGCUGUUCCGGGUCACUGCGCGAUCUGAACCGGUGCCGUUCCUUUUUUUUUUUUUUUUGAUCGAGCCCGUUCCAGUUUAAGCCUGGCUAUUAUUCGUAGAUUUUUCCCAGUUUCAGACGGUAGUUGUACGGAUUUUGAGAGAUGGCGGGAUUACUGGCUUGGGCAGCGGAUGUUGUCGGAGGUCACGGCGGUGCCCAGACCAAUGAAGCAGACGCCAUCCCGAUGAUAUUUACUGAAGAGCAGCAAAACUAUGUGCGAGAAUUAGAUCGAAAGGCAGCCUCUUUGAGCCGCACGAUCCAGGAUCUACGGCUCAGACUUCCUCCACCCGAUAUCUCCCAACGCCUUCCUCACCUCCAUGCUCACUCUUUAGCUUCCAAUGCUGCUCUUGCUCUGCAGUUGAACGCGCACUCUGCCACCAAGGAGCAAGCCCAAUUGAGGGAGGUAACUUUGCAAGAAGAAAAUGUUGCAUACCAAAAGGCUAUAUCAAAUUGUGAAAAUAAAAUACAGGAGAAAUUUCAGGAAGCAGAUUUACUUCAGAGGAAGUUACAGGAAAUGGAUGAGAAUGAAAGAAAAUUGAGACAGGAAUUAGUAAAUGCAGAAACUGCAUUGAACUCCAGUCAGUCUGCAAGGUCUGGUGAUUCAGUUGUAUCUGAAACAAAAGUUGAAACUGGACUAGAUACACAAACUACAAAGUCCACUUUAUUGGAGAAGUUGGAGAACAAGAAAAAAGAACUGAUUUCAAUGGAAGAAAUUGUUCAAGAUUUAGAGAAAAAAUGGGCCCAAGUUCAAGACAGUGCACUGAAGCAGCCAAUGCCAGCUCAGAGAGAAAAGAUAUUGGAUAAACAGCUUCAUAGCUUAAUUGAGCAACUAGCAGCAAAGCAGGAGCAAGCAGAAGGCCUGGUCAAUGAAAUCCAUUUGAAAGAGAUGGAACUAGAAAGAUUAAAUGGCUUGUGGAGGCAGCUUGAAAGCAGUAAUGUAGAGGCCAAUACCACUAGAUAUCGGUUUGGAAGAACCAACUCAGGCAGGGGAUCAGCUUCUUCGGAUUCUAUUUCUGACAAGCUUCCUUAUUCGACUGGUGGUCGAACAGAGCAACAACAGAGGCUUAUGCUACUUAGGUCGGCUUUUGUGCUUUAUAUUUUAAUGUUGCACAUCUUGGUCUUCAUCAAGAUUUCGUUUUGAGUUGCAUCUGGAUGUACUCUCUGUUGUCUUCAAAAGUUUUUUUUUUUUUCUUCAAAAAAAAGUAUUGCUUGUUGGACGUAAUGUAUUAUCUUAUUGUAUAGAAUUUAUUGAUAUUUUUGUACACAGAAGAAUUUUUGGCAGGUGGUUGUACUGAUAUUCUCUCAUAUAUAUUGAAUGAAGUCCUGUUUAUCAUGCUAUCGCAUAUUAUGAUC